GUGCUCAUCACUCCCCUCACACAUCCACUUAAAGGCAUGAAGAGUCCAGACUCCUGCAUAAAACUUGACCCUCAGGAUGUCGAGAUCACUAAACUCCACAACGGUCUGGUAAUCGCUGCCUUGGAGAACUACAGCCCAGUGACCAAAGUGGGCAUCUUUCUGAAGGCUGGGAGUCGAUACGAAGACGCUGGAAACCUGGGCAUCACUCAUUGCCUCAGGGUGGCAUCCAACAUGUCCUCCAAGAAAGCCAGUCCAUUCAAACUGACCCGUGCGAUUGAAGCUGUUGGGGGAUCCCUACGGGUGAUUUCCACAAGGGACCUGAUGCUGUACACGGUGGGAUGUCUGCGCGACUCGAUUGACGACCUGAUGGAGUACCUCAGCGCCAUAGUCUUAGCCCCUGAGUUCAGACCAUGGGAGGUGGCCAACGUCAGAGAUCGCCUGAAAGUAGAGAAGGAGAUAGCAUACCGUCAGCUGCAGAGAAGAUUGUUGGAGAGCCUCCACGCGGCUGCCUAUCGUAACACGCUGUGCAACUCCCUCUACUGUCCUGACUUCAUGCUGGGUCAGUUCACCUGUGAACAGCUACAUAAAUAUGUGAAGAAGCAUUUCUGUGUUGGACAGAUGGCAAUAGUGGGAAUAGGGAUGUCUCUCAGCCAGCUAACAAAGGCAGCUCAGCAACUGUUUGGCAAGGCUUCGGGCUAUGGUCAGGCUGGGCCUAAGGCCCUGUAUGGAGGAGGUGAGCACCGCGAGGGCACCUCUGAGCCGCUGGUGCACGCCGCCGUGGUCUGUGAGGGUGAGGCUCUGGGCUCACAGGAGUCCCUGGCGUUUACCGCGCUGCAGCAGGUGCUGGGGGUGGGACCCCACGUCAAGAGAGGAAGCGGGAUGACCAGCACCUUAACCCGGGCCGUAAGCAAGAGUACGGCGCAGCCCUUCACCGCCUUUGCCUUCAAUGUGUGCUACCAAGACUCUGGUCUGUUUGGGGUUUACACCAUCUCUCAGGAUGAGACAGCAGCUGAUGUUAUCAAUGCCGCUGUGUCACACGUCAAACAUGUAGCUGAUGGCAAGAUAAGCGAGGAAGACAUCGAGAGAGGAAAGAAUCAGUUGAUUGCUCGCAAUCUGAUGGCGAUGGAGACACUUGACGCCUUACUGGAGGAGAUGGGGUUACAGAUUCUCACAACUGGGACUUAUAUCUCACCUAUAUCUGCUGUCAACCAGAUCAAAGAGAUUAGUAAAAAGGAUGUGGUAAAGGCGGCUGAGAAGUUUGCUUCAGGAACCAAGUCGAUGGCAGUCUGUGGCAGACUCAGCAGCACACCCUUCCUGGAUGAACUUUAA